GGCAGAGACAGGCAGAGAGAGAAGCAGGCUCCCCGUGGGGAGCCCAGUGUGGAACUUGAUCCCAGGAUCCCGGGAUCAUGCCCUGAGCCGAAGGCAAACGCUCAACCACUGAGCCACCCAGGUGCCCCUGGAAGGAGUUUUUAUUACCCAGCCAAGGACGUUGGAGCACCAUCCUGAGACCAGAGAGGAACCUUUGAGGGGCUUUAAGUGGGAAAAUGAGGGAAUGGCUUGAUGAGAUCUAUACUAGAGGUUGAUCCCUCUAACAAAGUGCCAUGAAUCAGAAUGAAUGCAGUGAAGAAGCCUUUAGAGCCGGCCCCCAGAUGGUCGGAAACCCAGAUUCGAGUCCAGUAUUCCUGCUACGAAUGUCCUCUAGCGGCCCCGUCUAUCCUUUGGAGAUACCCUGUGUUAUAAGUGGCCAGUUUCUUGUCUGUAUUCCUUCCACUGGGCUGUCCGCUUCCUCAAAGCAGAGAAUAUCUCUUUUUUAAUUUUUUUAAAAGAUUUUAUUUAUUUAUUCAUAGAGACACAGAGAGAGAGAGAGAGAGAAGCAGGUUCCAUGCAGAGAGCCUGACGUGGGACUCGAUCCCGGGUCUCCAGGAUCAGGCCCUGGGCUGCAGGCAGCACUAAACCGCUGAGCCACCGGGGCUGCCCGAGAAGAUCUCUUUAGGCUCAGCAUCUAAUAUGUACUAGAUAUAUAAUAAAUAUUUAUUGAAUGAACUCUGUAGAGCUGUAAACUGGAUACACAGCUUACUUAUCUUCUUAGGGCAAUUCUCAAAAUUUUGUGUCUCAGCUGCUUUCACAGUAUUCCCUCCUAAGGGCAAUAAAUGCUUCAUAUCCACAUCAUUGUCCCAUAGGGGGAAUAGAAAGUUUGACAGGAUUUUGGGCAGCCCGGGUGGCUCAGUGGUUUAGUGCCGGCUUCCGCCCAGGGUGUGAUCCUGGAGACCCAGGAUCGAGUCCCACCCACAUCGGGCUCCCUGCAGGGAGCCUGCUUCUCCCUCUGCCUGUGUCUCUGUCUCUCUCUCUGUGUGUAUCUCGCGUGGAUAAAUAAAUAAAAUCUUAAAAAAAAAAGUUGACAGGAUUUAAAUGCUGUUAAAAAUAAUGGAGAAGAAUGGAAAACAGUAUGGCAGUUCCUCAAAAAAUUGCAAGUAGAAUUACCAUAUGACCCAGCAAUCCCACUUCUGGGUAUUUACCCAAAAACAUUGAGAGCAGGGUCCCAAAGAGAUACAUGUAUACCCAUGUUCAUAGCAUUAUUCACGAUGGCCAAAGGGUGAAAGCAACUCAAGUGUUUAUCAGUGGAUGAAUGGCUAAGUAACAUGUGGUCUAUAUAUACCAUGGAAUAUUAAUAACAUUCUUACUAAUAUUUAUUACUUAUUUAUAUUUCUUUAAUUCAUUGAUUUAUUAUUAAUAUUAAUAUUCCAUUGCAUGUAUAGACCACUUGUUCCAGGACACAUGCUACAAUACAGGUGAACUUUGAGAACAUUAUACUAAGUGAAAUAAGCCAGUCACAAAAAGCCAAAUACUGUUUGAUUCCACUUACAUGCAGUAGGUAGUCAAAAUCAUGGAGACAGAAAGUAGAUUGAUGGUUGCCAGGAGCUAUGGGGGAGAAAGGAACAGGGAGUUGUUUAAUGGGUACAAAGUUUGUUUUGCAAGAGAAUAAGUGUUCUGGAGGCUGGUUGCACAACAACAUGAAUGUACUUAACAAUUGAACCAUAUGCUUAAAAAUGGCUAAGAUGACAAGGCCUCUUUUUUUUUAAGAUUUUAUUUAUUUAUUCAGACACAGAGAGAGAGGCAGGAACACAGACAGAGGGAGAAGUAGGCUCCCUGUGGGGAGCCCUAUAUGGGACUUGAUCCCGGGUCUCCAGGAUCACACCCUGGGCCGAAGGCAGGCGCUAAACCACUGAGCCACCCGGGGAUCCCUAAGAUGACAAGUCUAUGGCAUGUGUAUUUUACCACAAUUAGAAAUGGAAAAGAAAGAAAUACAGAGGAGAGGUAAAUAAAAGGACAUGUGAAAUAAAGAGCAGAGUGCUCAUGCAUGAAUCCAUUAACAUCUAUAGAUUUAUAGAAAGGAAAAAAAAGUUUUGCUGGUAAAACAAACUGCUGUUCUCAUCGCACUGAAGCCCUGAAGCUAUUCCCCUUCAGAAUCUCCUUGAGACUCUGACCGUUUGUUGAGAAAUUCUGACCUGAGUUAAAUAUUGCCUAACCUCUUUGUGGGCACUCUAGACCUCUCUCUGAUUAACCACCUUGUCAACAUCCAGCAAACGUCAAUCCUGAUUUCUUCAGUAGUGAUGCCUAUGGAAUGAAUAUGGAAUGCAGGCAAGAUGAGUAUUUCAUGUUCGAGAGGAGAUUCAACUGGUUUAGACUCAGCAAUUGGAGUUACGAUAGGAAAUUGUGAAUGCUAAUCUGAAGGCAAAGCCACCGGUCACAUAACACCUAUAUGAUAUUCUGAUUCCAGAGGGAAGGUGGAAGACUGAUCCAUUUACUGUGCCAUUUUCCAGUAGGCAAAUAUUUCUGUAAAGAUGUCUGACAAGAACCAGAUAGCUGCCAGCGCCUCCCUUAUUGAGCAACUGCUGUCUGAAAGGAAUUUUGAGGAUCUUGGCAACCACCUUACUGACCUGGAGACUCUGUGUGUGACGAAAGAAGAUCUCCAGGAGACCAUUGUGGUCAGGGCUGUGUACAGAGUCCUCAAACACUGCCCCUUGGUGGCUUUGAAAAAGAAAGCCAAACACUUGCUGUCAGAAUGGAAAGCUCUUUAUAAAAAGGAUCUCCACUUCAAACCGAGGGACAAAUCUUUCCCUACGGGUAGAAAUGAAGAAAACUCAAGACUUUCUCAUGACCCAAGUCAGGAUGAGCUAUCAGGCGGCUCCAGCUCUAAUUCUUCAUCACACAGUGUUGCAGAAGCCAUUGAAAUGAUUGUGCCUGAAAAUAGCACAAGUCAGACGGAACCUAAGGAGGAGCAUUUCAGGGGCGGUGACCCUAAAUCCACUGCCCAGAGAUCCAGUGAAUUGCUGGAUCCCGUGGUACCUGUGAGAGCUAAAUGCACAGAGCUUCUUUAUGAAGCUUUAACUAGUCCUUUCACAGAGCAGCCCAAAGCUGAUUUGUGGCGAGACUUUGCAAGAGAAAUUGAAGAGCACAUUUUUACCCUUCAUUCCAAGAACCUCAAAAAAUACAAAACUUGUGUGAGAAGCAAAGUUGCCAAUCUGAGGAACCCCAAAAAUUCUCACUUACAACAAAACCUGCUCUCUGGGACCAUGUCUCCAAGAGAAUUCGCCAAGAUGACUGUGAUGGAAAUGGCAAACAAGGAACUGAAGCAGUUGAGAGCCUCCUACACGGAAUCUUGCAUACAGGAGCAUCACCUUCCCCAAGCGAUCGAGGGCACACACACAAGAAAAAUAAAAUGCAGACGCUGUGAGAAGUUCAAUUGCAAGGUCACCGUAAUCGCCAGAGGCACACUUUUCCUUCCAAGUUGGGUACGGAAUUCAAAUCCAGAUGAGGAGAUGAUGACCUAUGUGAUCUGUAACGAAUGUGGGGAGCAGUGGUACCAUAGCAAGUGGGUGUGCUUAUAA